CUCACUCCCCAAGCUCCACUCACUCUCACUCCCAGCUUCAAACCCCUCUUCUUCCUAGAGAAGCCAGCCAGCCAAAACCCACCGCCGCCACCAUGGACAAUCACGGCCGGAGGAAGCAGAGCAGCAGCCUGUGCGCCGCCGGCCUGGCCCUUGUCCUCGUCUGCUGCUCCACCGCAUCCAUGGCGCUCACCCCAGACGGUGAGGCGCUGCUUGAGCUGAAGCUGGCCUUCAACGCCACGGCGCAGAGGCUCACCAGCUGGAGGUUCACGGACCCAAACCCCUGCGGCUGGGAGGGCAUCUCCUGCUCCUUCCCUGACCUCCGGGUCCAAUCCAUAAAUCUCCCUUACAUGCAGCUUGGAGGAAUCAUUUCGCCUAGCAUUGGGAAGCUCAGCAAGCUGCAGAGACUAGCUCUGCACCAGAACAGCUUACAUGGUCCGAUCCCUGCGGAGAUCAAGAACUGCACCGAGCUCAGAGCAAUUUACCUGAGAGCAAACUACUUGCAAGGAGGCAUCCCUUCGGAGGUCGGCGAGCUCAUUCACCUCACAAUCCUAGACUUGUCGAGUAAUCUGUUGAGGGGAACAAUACCGGCUUCAAUCGGAAGCCUGACUCAUUUACGUUUUCUGAAUGUGUCUACCAAUUUCUUCUCAGGAGAGAUCCCAAAUGUUGGUGUCCUCGGAACCUUCAAAAGUAGCUCGUUCGUCGGAAAUCUUGAGCUCUGCGGUCUUCCCAUCCAGAAAGCUUGCCGUGGAACCCUUGGGUUUCCCGCAGUGUUGCCGCAUUCUGAUCCACUCUCCUCAUCUGGUGUUUCUCCUAUCAGUAACAACAAAACUUCGCAUUUCCUGAAUGGUAUCGUGAUCGGUUCAAUGUCAACCAUGGCUGUUGCACUGAUCGCGGUACUCGGUUUCCUCUGGAUUUGCUUGCUGUCCAGGAAGAAGAACAUGGGUGUGAGCUAUGUAAAAAUGGACAAGCCAACUGUCCCGGAUGGUGCAAAGCUUGUGACAUACCAGUGGAACCUUCCAUAUUCAUCGAGUGAGAUCAUUAGAAGGCUUGAGCUGCUUGAUGAAGAGGAUGUGGUUGGCUGUGGUGGGUUUGGUACUGUGUACAAAAUGGUGAUGGAUGAUGGCACGGCAUUUGCUGUCAAGAGGAUUGACCUCAACCGACAAGGGCGGGACAAGACUUUUGAGAAGGAGCUUGAGAUUCUGGGCAGCAUUAGGCACAUUAACCUUGUCAAUCUGCGAGGAUAUUGUCGGCUCCCCACUGCCAAGCUACUCAUAUAUGAUUUCUUGGAGCUAGGUAGCUUGGACUGCUAUCUUCAUGGAGAUGCACAGGAGGAUCAGCCACUGAACUGGAAUGCGCGCAUGAAGAUCGCCCUAGGCUCUGCUCGAGGGCUUGCAUAUUUACACCAUGAUUGCUCACCGGGGAUCGUCCACAGGGACAUCAAAGCGAGCAACAUCCUUCUGGAUAGAUGCUUGGAGCCUCGUGUGUCUGAUUUUGGCCUUGCAAGGUUGCUCGUAGAUAAAGACGCCCAUGUUACCACUGUUGUGGCGGGUACCUUCGGAUACCUAGCACCAGAAUACCUGCAAAAUGGCCAUUCAACUGAAAAAUCAGAUGUGUAUAGCUUUGGGGUGCUUUUGCUAGAACUAGUGACCGGAAAGAGGCCUACUGAUUCUUGCUUCCUCAACAAGGGACUCAACAUUGUUGGCUGGUUGAACACGCUCACAGGAGAGCAUAGGCUGGAAGAGAUCGUCGAUGAGAGAUCCGGUGACGUGGAAGUGGAGGCGGUGGAAGCGAUCCUCGACAUCGCCGCGAUGUGCACCGACGCAGACCCAGGCCAGCGCCCGUCGAUGAGCGUGGUGCUGAAGAUGCUGGAGGAGGAGAUCCUGUCACCUUGCUCGAGCGAGCUCUACUACGAGCAGCACCUGGAGAUCUGAGUGAGUACAAAGCAUAACGAACUCUUGGUUGUGCUUUUGCUCAUGAUGAUGAUGGCCUGGAAGAAGCAAAAAGUUUUGUAGAUACAUGAUGAAACCUUGUAGGUCUUUGGCUGGACAAGCUGCCAUCUCUAGUUCUUUGUGCGCAAGUGGUUCUUGAUGCAGAACCAGAUCACUAGCUGUGCUUUGUACAUAGAGAGAUCUUUCAUUUUCUUUACCUCUUUCUGUGCUUUGUCUGAGUAGUUUCUCUUUUACCAUUUUGACUGCAACUCCCAGUUGAACCAGAUCACUGAAGUAAACUGGGUUCUGUUCUUCCCAUUAGAGACAAGGAUGGAAAAUGGAUGAUGGAGUUUCAGAUCCAGUUAAUUAAGUGGAAACAACUAUUUCAGAACCA